UUUUUUUUUUUUUUUUUUGGUUCUUUUUUUUCGGAGCUGGGGACCGAACCCAGGGCCUUGUGCUUCUCGAACACUGUUUUUAUGUUCGAAGGACAAGACAUUGUAGGAAAGACCUUUAGGCUAUUGAGAGCGAAGCCUACAGUCUUUGGAAAACUACGCAGAGUUUCUAGGUGCCUAGCACUUUAAGGAUAUGGUCGCUCCCAUCUGCUAGUUAUUAGGAAAUGAUAUUCUCGGUAAAAUUGGAAUUAGAAAAGAAAGCUACUUAGCAGAUGGGGGCGAUGCAUUGGUUAAGAUGUCCUUUGGCCCUUUAGUGGAUGACUUUCUUCUCACAGCAGAGAACCUGUCAGGAAACUGGGAGCAGUCUGUUCUGUGUCUCCAUCAUGCCUUGCUCCCUAAUGGUUUUGUUUGUGGGGGUGUUUCCGUAAUGAUUCUUUCAAAUGUGAAUAUAGCCCCCCCACCCCCACCACAAUUCAAUUUAUUAUUCUAGUAGUAUUUGAUCCAUUCACUUCUGUGUGGUGACAGUGAACCAGGCAGUGAGACUAUAGCAAUGGGGGAAUGACCGUGUUUGCUCUCUGGAACGCGUUGACUGGUUUGUGUUCUUAUUCCCUUAGUUACUGGGCUUACAGUCAAAUGACUUAAUCUCAGUGCUUCAUUUUUCCUCUUUCUCUCUCUCAAAAUCAAGUCAUUAGUCAGAGGAUUAGCUGAUUGAAGAAUUAAAGCGGAGUAACCCUGUGGAUUAGACCGUAAUUGUUAUUAGAGGGAAAGCUAUCUUUUUAUUUUCCCGUUACAAUCAUGUAGGAAUAGGAAGGUCUUCUAGGGUCUUUCAGAUUGUAGCAGAGAUUAUCACAGUGGGUUUUCCUCAAAGCUCACUGUUUUGUGUAUCUGUCAUAAAUCAUUGUUCUUUAACAGUCUUAGGUGGCUACCUUUACCACAAAACCAAUAUGCAAAGAUUUCAGAUAAGAGGCCACUGGAGACUGGUGAGAUGGCUCAGUGGGUAAAGGCUCUUGAUGCCAAUAUUGACAGCUUAUGUUCAAUCCUGGGGACUCUCAUGCUAGUAGGGGAGAACAGACUUCCAAAGAUUUUUAUUGUUCUUGUUUUUCUUUUUGGAUAUUUGUAUCCAAUGCUUUGUGCACAGGCAUACACACACACACACACACACACACACACACACACACACACACACACACACAAUAAAUGCAGUUAACACAAUUUUACAAAGAGGUCACUGGACUUACUACAACUGAAAACAGAAGAUAGCCAAAGAAGUCUUGGCAACAGAAGAGAUGGGAGAGGAAGAGAUUGAAGUGAGUCCAGAGGCCCAGUGUGGGUCAGUGAAGGCCCAGAAAUAGCAACGAAAAUAAAAAAAAAAUGAAUGUGUGUGUCAGAAGGCGAAUUAAGAUGUAGGAGCUCCUUCCAAAGAACGAUUUUUCUUCUUUAAACUCUAACUUUUAGUCGACAUUUUCUAAACGUUGGGCAAGUAACAUACUGCUUUUAACUUCUGGAAAAGGUCCUUGUGUGUAAAUCGUUUCAAUACAUUGUAGAUCACUAGCAUUGUCUCACGUUGCACCUCAUUUCUUCAUCUUUGUACUCUUAGGGUCACGCCAUCUCUUUCAAGCCAUCCUAGAAGAUCAAAAUGAAUAAUAAUUUUUUUUAGUCUCAUUAAGUUCAGAGGUUUGAUUCAGUCUUUCCGAAGCCAUUUGGUUGGCAUAGCUGAGUUGAGGAACUAGGCAGAAAUGGGACAGCAAUAUUCCAUUUCAUUCGGUAGAUGGCUUCCUUUCGAGUUACUGCUAUAUUGUUAUAUAAUUCACGGAUAAUCCUGUUUGGUUAGUGAUUGCCAGUGAGGCCAGACACAAAGGAAGGCGAAUGUUCUUCACCCUCCUGUAUCUUUCUGUGGCUAGAGUAGAGUCAGCAUCUGUUUUUAAAGAUAGUAGGCAGAUAACAGCAUUCUUAGGCAAGAGGAGUUCUGUUGCUGUAUUUGAACAGUAAAUGAAAGUGAGCAUGAGUUGAUGUGAAGUAACUUCGGCUACUUUCUCAAGCAGAACACAGGACUUGAGACAUACAUUGGCUCAGUCUCUGAUUCCUGUGGCCUCAGCACAAGCCAGGUGUAUUCUCUUUCAGUAAAAGCCCAUCUCGUCAUUUUACUAAUCAUGAAACUUUUCUCAUAAUUAACACACAGGGCACAAAGUCUCCAGUAUCUUACAUGCAGAGGAGUACAAAUGUGGGAUAUUAGUUUUGAGGAUGUCAUGUACAUUUUGCAACAUAAGAGGCUUACUGAACCUCAUCUCUUGCUCUGUUCUCUGAACCGUGAAGGCCAACAUUAAACUGGUGGUUUAAACUUGCAAAAACAAACUGACCGAGACAACCAACAAAACAAACAAACGAAAAGACAGCUCUCCUCAUAGCAUGGUCAUGUCUUCUUGAUACUUUACUUUCUGGGUAGUAAUGUCUCUAUUUGAGAGACUCUCAUUGGGGCAUUGUAAUCACAAGGGGAGCAACAGGAAAUUCUGGUAAUUUCUUUAAUCUUGGAACACAAUAGUUGGUGUUCGGGGUUCUGUUUUGUUGUUUUUUUUUUUCUUUUUUCUGAGGAAGAGAUCUUCUUUUGCCUAUUCUGAAAUUGAAAUCCACUGUCCUUCUCUGCAGUAAUAGGCAAUUUAGUUCUUUAUCUCAGUUUGUAUUUUAUAUUCUCAGCUAUCAAUUGAUCCUUUUCUAUAAAAGUAUCAUGAUUCGAUUUGAUUUCAGCCUUAUUUAAACAAAGUUCAGUGUUUAGAUUCUCAGUAUCUGGGGGCAGAUGCAAUGACUCAGUGGGUAGAGGCACCAGUCACCAACUACAGGAAACUGAUGUCAGUCCCUGGAAUCCAUCUGUUGGGAGGACAGAGUCAACUCGGCAAAGUUGUCUUCUGGUCUCUACAGGUGCACCUUGGAGUGUUCCAUACUAUAUAAAUAAAUAAAUAAAUAAAUAAAUAAAUAAAUAAAUAAAUAAAUAGUUUUUCAGAUGCUGAAUCAGAAUCAAAUGUGUAUUGUUAUAAACUGAAAUGCAUUAUAAGCUAAAAAAGAUACAUAAACUACGUAUCAUUAUAAACUGAAAGAGACUAAAUUUAGCUUACUGGAAAAUUAAUUUAGAUUACAUUCCCAUAGUGGAAAUAGUGUGGUUUGAAAAGAGAGCAAGGUGCUCAUUUCCUGCUUGGUUUUAAUUUACAAUAAUUUAAUCCUGCUAAAUCUUAAAUUGGUUCAGAAGAAUCUAAGGAUACCAAUCUUUUCCUCACUAUGUCUUCACUAUGAGAAAAUGACAGAAGAGGUAAUCAAAGGAUUCAAGAUGAUGCACAAAGGACAUCAUUACAAAACUAUAAUGGGGAGGAUCAGGUGGGACUGUCACAUAGAGAGCACAGCAGAUAUUUUUAUGCCAAGAAGGACUUAAAUAAAAAAAAAAGCUAGCCUUGGAAUUCUAGGUCUUUAUGAAGAACUCUGAAAGUUAAGUGGACAUUUUUGUGUGGCAAACAGCACAGGAAAUCUGUGGAGAUAAGAAGGUCUUAAGGCCCUUGGAUGAUAGUUAACAGUGCGCUGUGGCUUUUAGAGUUUUUUUUUUUCCCUGAGUCAGCAGUGCCUGCGUAUUGAAGGCAGUUGCAUGAUGGCUUCAGAAAGUCGGAGUAGCAGCAAGCAAAGACAUUUAUAGCUUCAUAAGCUCUGCGCCACAAUCAUGGAGAAAUCUGCAUAUUAGCUGAGGUGACGAUUUAUUGAUUUAUUUAUUGAUUGAUUGACUCUGUGUGUGUGUGCUUAUUAGUGUAUCCUUUUGCAAUAUGGUAUAAGCACAUUAUGCCCUCUGACUCCUCCCUGCACUGUCUCUCAUUCUUACCGCCUUUUGCUUCGUGACCCCCUGCACUGAACCAAGGCACGGGUAUGAAGCUAUCUAUCCGAGCAUAAGUAACUCCAAGGACCACGUCUGUGAAGACAAUGAGUUCUUCUCUGGUAACCUUCAUGCCACGACUUCCCACAGGUGGGACAGAGUCCCCUGAGCCAGUCCCUCCCUGAUCUAUGGUGGAAUGUUUGUUUGCUGACUCAGUCUUGUACAGAUGCUAUGCACACAAACAAGACAGUUGUGAGUUCGCGAGUACUGUGGCCCAUGUCCCACGCAUAGGACAGCAUUCCAUUACACUCCUCCCUAUCCUUGGGCUCUUACAAUUCUUCCAUUAUGGUCCUGGAACCUUGAAGGUGCUGCUGCUGCUGGUGGUGGUGGUGGUGCCGAUGGUGGCGUUGUGUGUUUCAGAUUGUGAUUAGAGUUUAAAGAUUUGGCUAUUUUAUCUGAAAUUAAACAUUUUGCAAAGAGCUCUGUGUCUGGGUUUCUCUUAUAAAUGCCCCUAAACCCUAAGCCCAAGGAACAGAAAGAGAGGGAGCAGGAACAGGGGGAGGAGGAAUGGCAGGGGGAGGGGAAGAGAGAAGAGGGAGAUGGAGAAAGGGUCCUGCAUGGUAACAUUUUCUAGCCCCCCUUGGCUAUUGUUCCCACCUCUACUGUCUCAUGUUCUCCUCAUUAACUUUGACCAUGGUAAGCACAUUUAUUUACACUGUUGUCUAAAGUAGAGAAAAUCUAGGGCAGUGCUAUGCUUAAGGCUAAACAGAUAAAACCAUUCUAGGUCACAUUUGAUUUUAUAUUUCGGUAGUUUUUAUAUAGGUGUAGAGUACAGAGCUUAGGGCUAUCAGAGGAGCCUUAACCUGAAGUAGGGGACCCAGUGAAGCCAGGCAUAACAGGAGGAAUAAAAACAGGAGCUCCAGGAACGUUAAAUGAGAGAUCAGCGGUCUGGAAGUGAACUUCGCAGAAGGGAACGAGUUACCAUUACAUGGGAAACCGAGUGCAGCCCUGAUGUUUAGAAAUAGAUUGGGAAAUGAAAGUUAAUUGCCUGAAAACUAUGAAGUAACUUAAUCAGGAAUUUUAGAUAUGAGUAAAAAUUGAACAGAGGUGAUAUUUUAACUAUUUAGGGAGAUACUGGGAGGAAAGGGAUCAAGGGGCAGGAAGGGAGGGACUGAGUGAUUGACAGGGGAGGGGAAGAACAGGAUGGGAGGGGGAGGGAAGGGCAACAUGUAAGGAUUAAGCUUUGUGAAGAAGUACAAGAAAUAAAAAUGGCUGUCAUGAGAAUGGAUGAAACUUGUUCCAGAAAGUGUUAGGAAAGAGACAAGUGUCCUUUAAUUUUGUGAUGAAUAAAGAAGGGAUACAUAUUGUUUUUAAUGGGAAAGUCUAUAGUGGUCAAGAGCUCUAGGCCUGUUUUAAGAAUAUCGGAUUGGAAGAUAUUUAAUCUUACCCAGAAACACUUGGUGAUGUUCAGUCAGGCAAUGCCCACUGAGAGGACGGUGCUAAGGACGGAACAGUUUGUUGCAGAGUGUCCUGCUGGCAGGCAGAAAUUUCUGUGGACUUCUUUGACAGUGACAAACCCGAGAGACAGAAAAACAGCUCACUGAGGUUCCUGUGUCAACAGAAAGUUGCUUUCUUCCUUAGCUAUCUUUUCCUUUCUUCUCUCCAGCCCGCUUUUGGAGGAAUGUGUGUUUCAAGGUUGAAGUGAAGAAACCAAGAAGGAGAGGAAUUUUAUUUUGAAACCCAUUGCUUCAGAACUCACUGGUUUUGCAAGCUGGACAUUUUGUGCUUUGUUUUGUUCUUUUUGGUGCUGGAAGUUCCUGGAAGAAACAGGAUAGCAAAAUCUAGAAGAUGCGAUUCACAGCUACUUGGCCAAUCUUUACUUUUUUUUGUUUUCGGUUUUUAUUAUACCCUGCAAUGAUUCUAAUGAGCUAGAUAGCUAAACAUUCCAUUAUGAUCCUGGCAGAGAAGAUAAGGAAAUACUUUUUGUUGUUUUAUUUUUUUAAGGAAAUUGUUUUUUUCAUGUACUCUCUAAGCCAUGCCCUACACAAGAUGAGUUUGCAUGUCUUUCGGUUAAUGCUUUACUGAGUGCUACAGGGUUAGGAACGCUCAUGUGCUUUGCACACAGGAGGUAGAAGCCAAUCUCCCCAAGAGGCCAUACAGCCAGUUAGUGGAGGGCAGAGAUGGUUAGUAGUAAUAACUGCAGUGGUCCUGGAUCAGAGCCCAGAAUCUUCAUCUACAAAUACCUAGGCAACUGUUUCAGAAGCCGGGUGCCAAAUCUUGAAUCAUUUAAAGGAGGAUUUGGACAGAGAAAUUGUUCUAAAUUGAAGGAGAAUAAAGAAACCUGAACUCCUUGCAAUAGGUUUGUGGAAGGGAUGCUCAACAUUUGUUACAAUGCUAUUGAUCGGCACAUCGAAAAUGGCCAAGGGGAUAAGAUCGCUAUCAUCUAUGACAGUCCCGUUACAGACACCAAAGCAACUAUCUCCUAUAAGGAAGUCUUGGAGCAGGUCUCUAAGCUGGCUGGUGUCUUGGUCAAGCAAGGUGUCAAGAAAGGUGAUACUGUGGUCAUCUACAUGCCCAUGAUCCCACAAGCAAUAUACGCCAUGUUGGCAUGUGCGAGGAUAGGCGCAAUUCACAGUCUCAUAUUCGGCGGGUUUGCAUCCAAGGAAUUAAGUACACGCAUUGAUCAUGUGAAGCCUAAGGUGGUUGUUACAGCAUCAUUCGGCAUUGAGCCUGGGAGGAAGGUAGAGUACAUGCCCCUUCUAGAAGAAGCUCUCAGAAUAGGACAACACAAACCAGACAGACUCCUCAUUUACAACCGUCCAAAUAUGGAGAAAGUUCCUUUGAUGUCAGGUCGUGAUCUUGAUUGGGAAGAAGAAAUGGCAAAAGCCCAGUCACAUGACUGCGUGCCUGUUCUCUCAGAGCAUCCCUUGUACAUUCUCUACACAUCUGGAACAACUGGCCUGCCUAAGGGUGUAGUUAGACCCACUGGGGGAUAUGCUGUAAUGUUGAACUGGACAAUGUCUUCCAUAUAUGGACUUAAACCUGGAGAGGUAUGGUGGGCAGCUUCUGACUUAGGCUGGGUUGUCGGACAUUCCUAUAUUUGCUAUGGUCCUCUUCUACAUGGAAACACAACAGUUUUAUAUGAGGGGAAACCUGUGGGAACACCGGAUGCUGGCGCUUAUUUCCGUGUGCUCGCAGAGCAUGGAGUGGCUGCCUUGUUUACAGCACCAACCGCAAUUAGAGCCAUCCGUCAACAGGACCCUGGGGCAGCCUUGGGGAAGCAGUACUCUCUGACAAGGUUCAAGACACUGUUUGUGGCUGGGGAAAGAUGUGAUGUGGAGACCCUAGAGUGGUCCAAAAAAGUCUUCCGCGUUCCUGUCCUAGACCACUGGUGGCAAACAGAGACUGGAUCCCCCAUCACAGCAUCAUGUAUCGGACUAGGCAACUCCAAAACACCCCCACCAGGACAAGCAGGAAAAUGUGUUCCAGGAUACAAUGUUAUGAUUUUGGAUGACAACAUGCAAAAACUGAAGGCUAGAAGCUUAGGAAAUAUCGUGGUAAAGUUGCCUUUACCACCUGGGGCUUUCUCAGGACUCUGGAAGAAUCAGGAAGCGUUCAAGCAUUUAUACUUUGAGAAAUUUCCUGGAUACUAUGACACUAUGGAUGCUGGCUACAUGGAUGAGGAAGGCUAUCUCUAUGUUAUGUCCCGAGUGGAUGAUGUAAUAAACGUUGCAGGCCACAGGAUUUCUGCAGGGGCUAUUGAGGAGUCAGUCCUUUCACACGGCACUGUGACUGACUGCGCUGUGGUUGGCAAGGAAGACCCCUUGAAAGGUCAUGUCCCAUUAGCACUCUGCGUGUUGAAGAAAGACGUAAAUGCAACAGAAGAACAAGUUUUGGAAGAGAUUGUGAAACAUGUUAGGCAGAGCAUUGGCCCGGUGGCUGCUUUUCGAAAUGCAGUUUUCGUCAAACAGUUACCCAAAACCAGGUCUGGCAAAAUUCCACGGUCUACCCUGUCUGCCCUGGUCAAUGGCAAGCCUUAUAAGGUAACCCCUACAAUUGAGGACCCCAGCAUUUUUGGUCACAUCGAAGAAGUACUGAAGCAGGCUUUGUGAUGUUUACUCUUUUGAAUCCCUUCGUCUUAACUUUCUAGCUGGAUCUAGGUCUUCUAUUUUCUACAAGUAAAUACUUGAAGAAAACAUUUCUCAUCAACUGAGCUAUGAGCUGUAGUGUGUAGUUAGUCUGGUGGCCCCUGAAAGGCUGUACAUUGUGUUUCGCGGAAACCUGUUUGCCCCCUUACCUCUUUUCUGUAACAUGGAUCAUUCUACACUAUCGCGUGUGUUAAGGAGCAUGUUAAGGAGUAUGGCUUUGCUAACUCGUGUGCUUCCCAAACACAUUUUAGUGGAGAAUAUCUGUACUACAAAUGCACUUUCUGGAGAUAAAAAUCAGCCACACGUUGAUCAAAAUCUAAACUGAAAUCUAAGUCAGAAUAUAAUUUACAAUGCUAUCGUAGAGACUCCAAUGUUGUUUACUGUUCUAAAGAUGACUGCCAUGCUUCCAGGUAAUUAGCAAGACAGGAUAGGCUGCCUAGCAACACAGGACCCAGGGUCAAGCACCACUGCCUGGUUGCUUGUUACGGGGUAAGGGGAGGCAUAUAUCUGGCAGAGAACCUAGCUAUCCUUCCACCAAAUAUUUUGAGGAGAUAAAGACUUCUGCAAUCCCCUGUCAUGGUUCACUCUGUGUAUCUGGAUGCUUUCAUCUUUCUAUGGAAUCGAGGGAUGCCCUUCACCUAGAAAGGAGUAACAAGAAAGAUCUUAUAAGAAAUUGAAAUUUUUUCAUCCUCUGCUAGAUCUCAAUACAUUUUCAGAACUUUGCCAAUAUCAAUGAGCCUUCUCUCUUCUCUGUGUCUGUCUCUGUCUCUCUCUGUCUCUCUGUCUCUCUCUCUGUCUUCCCUCACCUCUGACAAGGAUGUGUUUCCUAGGUUGUCCUCACAAAUCCUUGUCCCCCUGCCUCUUAUUCAUAGUUGCUGGGGUUAGUUCCAAAGUAGUACUUUUUCCUCCUAUAAGGGUUGAACCCAGAGCCUUGUGCGUGAUAGGAAAGCAUCUUCCACUGAGCUGGAUCACUGGUGCUCAAUGAAUUCAUGUUGGUUCUUGAGGUGCAUAUCCCAACAAGUGAUUUUUAAGAACAAUGCACAGCCUUAAAUACUAGAAAACCAUGCACUCCAUCAAGAGUGCAGUUCUAUCAGAUCCCAGAGAAAUGGCUCAGGAGAGAGGCUGUACCAAUACUGCAAGAGCCUCUGGUUUUCAAGAGAACCCCAAACAUUUACUCUUAGUGCAAAUUUUAAUUUGAAUUUGAAUAAAUUUCAAAUCAUCUAAAAUCAUGGUCUAACAUACAUUUCUUCUAUAAAACGAUGGAGCCUUUUAAAAACUGGAAUUAAGCCUUUAAUAAAUUUAUAGAAAUUCACCCAUUUAAUAGAGCAGAAAGAAAUUGUUGAUUAACCAGCUUAGAGCUCUACACUUGUUAUUAUUGUUAGAAUGUAUAUUUAAAUUACAAAAAGUUUACUGUGUUCAUUGAAUCUCUGAGAGGACUUGGAAUAAUUUCUCAAUUCUUCGGAUUCUUUUGGAAACAUGAUGAAGAGCACAAUGUCCUCACAGAAUAGCCCAAAAAUGAAAUAUAAAUAAGCAACAACAGAUAGGCAUUUACUGGCCAUAAAAGCUAUGCGUAUCUUAUAUAGAGCUCUUGUUUUAGGCCUCUUUGGUCUGUGUUCUAACUGAUAAGUCCAAAUACAAGAAAUAUAGGUGAGAAUUAACAGAUUGCAAUUUAUUUGUUAAAAGUUAUAUAUGUAUAAAGGCCCCUUUAUAUUUAAAGGCUCUUAGAUAAAGGCUCCAUUUUAGGCAACUUUGGGGGCAAAAAUGGAUAAUAAAUGGCUUCUCAAAAGGAAGUCUUAUUCAUUAAACUACCUUCUUUAUUGGUAACAUUGAAAACAAUAUCUUAUCAUCUUUAAUUAUUUUGGUAUUCUGAGUUAAACUAACAUUUUGUAACUUGUAGCUGUUGAGUUUCUUGAAUUAUUCAUUGUACAUGUACAUUUUACCCAUUAUCACAACUGUUGGGAUUACAAAUCAAUGAUUUUUAAUAUGUUAGCAUCAAAAUACAGUUCAUUACUUUCUCCACAUGAAUCAGGUGCUUUAACUAAAUUUUUCAUUUUGAUAUUUGCAAGUUAGAAGAAACUCAAGCAGAUCUAAGACUUGAGUAAAGUUUUCAUCUUUGGACCAUUUGUAGAUUUUCUUCUUUCUCAGACCUGAACGGACACAUCAGCAAGUAAGCAUAGUUAUUUUCCAGUAGAAAGAAUCUUAAAAAGUAAGUAAACAAAAUGGACAAAACAAACAAACAGAAAACAGUUUUUCACACAUGGAAAGGAGCUGUUUUUCUUGUUUCAAUGAGGAAAUCCAUCUCCCCUGCAGACUAGAGGCAGUGAUCACGUUGUGGUCCUAAAAUGAAGUCAUCAGACUGCUUAGUAACUUGGGAGGAAAUUAAAGAAUGUUCUGUUUUAAAAUCUCACCAUAAGGUUUUUGGCAUUGCUUGUUUUGUUUGUCAAAUUGCAUCUAAAAUAUUUUGAAUUCAAUGUGUCUCUGAUAGCAAUGACAUAAUCCAAGAAAUGUGACCAUACUUAAAUUGACCUUGAUGACUUCUCUGUGAUCUUUCAUUUUAUGAAAUUUUUAAAUUUGUAAGACACAUGCGGAAUGAAAAUAAAAAGUACCUUUAACGUUUAAA